AAUACAAAAAGGGAAAAAGCAACAACAAAAAAAAACAAGGUGUGACGGGGCCGGGUCCCCAAAAUCCAACAGCCAAGUGAAACAUUGCGAAAUCCUUUGACGAAAUUUCCAAAGCCACCUUAUUUACUUGGGGGGCUAUUGCCAAAACAGAGUGAAAGUAAACAAUGGAGCUGACGAAAAUGGAUAGGCGAUUGCAAAUCACACAGCUAAUAACGUGCUCUGCCCUGUUUGUGCUACUGUUCAUGUCCGCCGUGGCGCAGUCCGUUGGCACGCCGAGCUUCGGUUUCGAUUCGGCGAACUCGUGCAGUCCGAACGGUAAAGUGUCGCGACGUGGUCGUGCCCAGAUGCUGGCAGCGAUACCCUGCGAUUUGGGCAAGCAGGCGUAUUGUCAUCUGCCCGGCUCAAUAUAUCCGUGGCAUGCGGUGCGUCGCUUUGUCCACGAGAACCAGGGACUGAUGAAGCGCAUGUACGGCGAUGUCCGACACAUUUCCAUACUACGCGAUGAGAUCCAGAACAAUGAGGUUGUCGACCCGGAGGACAUCGAGGAGGCGGCGCAACGCUACUCGAAGAUGCCACGUGGCGCCAAGUAUAUGUUGCAUGGUCGGGACAGCGAUCGCGAUGAUUAUAGCAGCUACAAGGGCAACGAUGUGCUAAUGGAACCACAUUUUCGACCAGUGUCCGUUGUGAGCAGCACAUCAACAACGACAACAACAGCAACACCAACAACACCAACAACGACAACAAUUACAACAAGAAAAACAACACCAACAAAAGCAGCAACAACAACAACUGGCACGCCAACAACAACCACACCUAGUUCCUCCAGCUCAACAGGAACUGUUGUGCAACCGGAACAUCCCAGUGUGGAUUCGAAUAGUGUUUAUGAAGUGCCCGGCACCAGCUCCACCACCAGUACAACGACACAGCGCACGGUUGCUGGUGAAAAUAUACAAAUUAUUGAUUCACCACAACUGGGGCAAGGGCUACGCAAUUUGAGCAUUGCAGCCGCCGCCGCAGCACCUGCAACACUGGUAAAGACCACAACGGCGGCACCCAAACGCACCACAGUGAUGCCACUGCGCAGGCAGACCUCGACAACCACCAAGGCAGCAGCAGCAGCAGCCUACGUUAAGGCAGCACCACUGCAAACAACAACAACAACCACUGCUGCAACACUGAGCAGCACCACAGCGGCAAGCAGCGCUUUGCCACCACGCAGAAAUGUGACGAAGACAACGAUGGGAACCACAACACCCUUCAGCUUUGCCUCACUCUUCUCGCCCACCUUCAAUGCGGCUUUGAAUGCGGAGAAACAGCGCCGGCCACUGACUGUGAGCACCACCACCACCACAACCACCAGCAGCAGCAGCAGCAGCAGCACCACUGCUGCACCAGCCACCAGCACCACAAAAGCCGGACUAUUGCGUGAGGGUGGUCAGCUUUUCCAAGAUGCCAUGAAGCAGGAGCCGAUGGCGGUGAGCAGCAAUAUGCGUGGAGUCAAUGCUUGUCCUGUCAAGGAUGAGGUGGUUGCUCCAUUUUGGGCGAACAACACACGUGGCGAGGUGCUGGCUCUGCUCAAUCUGUAUCCCUUUGAGCAGUAUGUACACUGGGAGAAAUGCACGCAUGAGUUCAAGCAGAUGUUCUGUCGCGACGGCUGUCGUUGCGAGCAGCAAUAUCGAUUGCAUCGAUUGCUGGCCUACGAUCCACACAAUGAGUGCCGUGGCAUCUUCUCCGACUGGUUUCGCUUCCCCUCCAGCUGCAUAUGCAAGUGCUAUAAUAUACCCAUGGAUUUUCGGGCAACAUCGCGUAGUCCGCGCUCCGACAGCAGCUUCGAUGAUGGGACACAGUCUAUGCCACAGCCGGACCCAAUUCGGGCAGCCGAAGCGGAGGUGCAACGUGCCAUCUACGAACAUGCCACAGAUCAAUGGUAUCGGCCACGCGAUGACUUCGAUUUCUUUGAGGGUUAGCUCGUGACACAAACACAGACACAGACACAUGCACAGCCAGAGACAGAGAGAAAGAGUACCUAGUCCUAGUCCCUCCCAUGUACAAAAAAAAAACUAAAUAACCCCUUGUAAUUAAAACGACUCAAAAUAAAUAAUCUAAAACUGUCUCAAAUUUAAGUUAUGCUAACUUUAAAUUUCACUUGAAAUUCACAAUUAAUAGAAACUAGUUUAAUAAGAUAUAUUUAAGUAAUUAUUGUUGUUUGAGUUACCCUUUAAUUGUUAAAUGAUUCUACGUUAAGCCAGCCAUUGUGUUAUUGUAUAUAGAUAAAGAUCAACAUAAUGUGUUUCCCAGCGAAAACUUUACAGAGCGAAUGU